AUGUCUUUCACUGAUUUCUCUAGUAUCGAAACCAUAAAAAAGUUGGACAAGUUCCUCGAGGACAAGUCUUACGUUGAAGGUACCUCUGCCACUCAGGCUGACGUUGUCGCUUACAAGGCUUUCCAAAAGGCUUACCCAAGCUUCUCCAGAUGGUUCAAUCACAUUGCUUCUUUCAGUGAGCAGUUUGAAUCUUUGCCAGAGGCUAAGGCUUCACCAGCUGCUACUGCUGAUGAUGACGAAGAUGUUGAUUUGUUUGGAUCUGAUGAUGACGAAGAGGACGAUGAAGAAGCCGCUAAGGUUAGAGCUCAGAGAGUUGCUGAGUAUGAGAAGAAGAAGAAGGCAGGUAAGCCAAAGGCAGCUGCCAAAUCCCUUGUCACCUUGGAUGUUAAGCCAUGGGAUGACGAGACUGAUAUGGAGGCCAUGACGAAGUUCGUCAAGAGCAUUGAAAAGGACGGUUUGACUUGGGGUUCUUACCAAUUUGUCCCUGUUGGAUACGGUAUCAGAAAGUUACAGAUUAAUGUUGUUGUUGUUGAUGACAAGGUCUCUGUGGAUGAAUUACAGGAAUCUAUUGAGGAGGGUGAAGAUUGGGUCCAGUCUACCGAUGUCGUUGCCAUGUCCAAGUUGUAA